GAGCCGGUACAACUGUGCAAGACUGAAGGGGAGGAGCCGGUACACCUGUGCAAGACUGAAGGGGAGGAGCCGGUACACCUGUGCAAGACUGAAGGAGAGGAGCCGGUACACCUGUGCAAGACUGAAGGGGAGGAGCCGGUACACCUGUGCAAGACUGAAGGGGAGGGGCUGGUACACCUGUGCAAGACUGAAGGGGAGGAGCUGAUACACCUGUGCAAGACUGAAGGGGAGGAGCCGGUACACCUGUGCAAGACUGAAGGGAAGGAGCUGGUACACCUGUGCAAGACUGAAGGGGAGGAGCCGAUACACCUGUGCAAGACUGAAGGGGAGGAGCCGGUACACCUGUGCAAGACUGAAGGGGAGGAGCCGAUACACCUGUGCAAGACUGAAGGGGAGGAGCCGGUACACCUGUGCAAG